AUGGCCAGGGACUACGAUUACCUCUUCAAGCUGCUCAUCAUCGGUGACAGCGGAGUGGGGAAGAGCAGUCUCCUGCUUCGUUUCGCAGACAACACAUUUUCAGGUAGCUAUAUCACCACAAUUGGAGUGGACUUUAAGAUCCGGACAGUGGAGAUCAAUGGGGAGAAAGUGAAGUUGCAGAUCUGGGAUACAGCAGGACAGGAGCGCUUUCGGACCAUCACUUCCACGUAUUACAGAGGAACGCACGGGGUCAUCGUGGUAUAUGACGUCACCAGCGCAGAAUCCUUUGUCAACGUCAAACGAUGGUUACAUGAAAUCAACCAGAACUGCGAUGAUGUGUGUCGAAUAUUAGUGGGAAACAAAAACGACGACCCCAACUCCAAAGUGGUGGAGACCACUGACGCGCAGAAGUUUGCCGAACAAAUGGGCAUCAAUCUGUUUGAGACGAGUGCAAAAGAGAACAUUAAUGUGGAAGAGAUGUUCAACUGCAUCACGGAGCUGGUGCUCCGAGCCAAGAAGGAGGUGAUGGCCAAGCAGCAGCAGCAGCAACAGAACGACGUGGUCAAACUCACCCGGAACAGCAAACGAAAGAAAAAGUGCUGCUAG